ACGUAAAUGCUUGACAUCAUUUUUCCUCAGCCCUAAGGGUCUACACGUCUGUUAGUCACCCAAGUGUCGAAACGAGAACAAGGUGAAUGGUUGCAGGCACAGGCAGCUGAACUGAACACGGACAGACUAAUCAGUUCUUCAGUAAAUAUAAGGAAAGAAAAGCAGAAUCAGGCAUACAGCUUCAAAACCAACAUGGAAUGACACAGGAGCAAAAAACGCCUACGGACAGGAAGUACAGUAGUCUCCUUACAGACGAAUCCAUCUAGUUCCUGCCACAUUUUUUCACCAGUGGUCUAAAGCUUUUGGUUUGAAAAUUAUACGAGAAUGGACACACAAUUAACAAAGAGAUAAUGGAUGUUCAGGGUUUGCAGAUCCUGUCAUUAGAGGCCAUGUUACAUUGUAAAACAGUUUGCCAUAGACCAUGAAACCAUAAUCCGUUUGGGUGGGGUCAAAAGAAACCUCCUGCUUCUGCACUGUUUCUUCAAAACCAUCUUCUUUUCUCCUGGACGAACAUCAGCCAACCGUUGCCUUACCAUAAUGAGGAGAAAAUUGUACAUAGGCAUUAUGCUUGGUGCAAUUUUGUUUUUAAUGAUAGCUUUUCAUAGUAUUCAGAAGACCUCCAUCAUACUUUUUACAUUAACUCCUAGCAUGAUACAAGUGAAGAAUCAGACGCUACCUGUUCUGGAGUCAAGACAAGUUCAGUUGUGUAGCUGUAAGUCUUGUAUAGCGGACAAAGGUGCAUCAGAAUGGUUUGCUCAACACUUUGACCACCAACAGCAACCCUACUUCACCGGCAGGGAAAAGGAUAUCGAUCCGGAGUCACUCAAGUGGUGGCUGUCUUUGCAGGCAUCUUCUGGGACCCUCAAGGAAGUCUCAGAAAAAAUGUUUAAGGUAAUCUCCUCUCCACCAAUGGUUGAAACUCCUAAGCAAAACCAGUGCCGUAAAUGUGCAGUUGUCGGCAACUCAGGAAAUCUUUUGGGAUCCAAAUACGGAGCUUUGAUCGAUUCUCAUUCAACUGUUAUUCGAAUGAAUAAAGCUGUAAUCCGGGGUUAUGAACAGGAUGUUGGGAACCAGACCACCCAUCAUUUCAUGUACCCGGAGAGUGCCAUCGAUCUUUCCUCCGGUGUCCGUCUCGUCCUUCUUCCCUUCAAACUAUUAGACAUGGAGUGGCUGUCCAGUGCACUCUCCACUGGGGAAAUCAAACUGACGUACACGAGGGUGAAACGCCUUGUACAAGCUGACAAAUAUAAGGUAAUAGUUGUAAAUCCAGCCUUCUUUAAAUACGUCCAUGACAAGUGGACAGAGCAUCAUGGGAGAUACCCAUCGACUGGGAUAAUUGCCCUGAUAUUUGCUUUGCAUAUCUGUGAUGAGGUGUCCGUGUUUGGAUAUGGAGCAGACAAAUACGGCAACUGGCACCACUAUUGGGAAAACAACAGAAACGCUGGCGCCUUCCGAAAGACAGGUGUCCACGACGCAGAUUACGAGACAGAGGUCAUCAAAAAGCUCUACGCAGAUGGGAAAAUCAAACUGUUCAGAUGAGCCUUUAAUUGUGGACUUUAUUGACUAAAGAGUGCUUGAAGUCAUGUGAUAUACAGCAGCGUUGAGAAAGCCAAAGAGAUGCAGAUCACCCACCUUAAUUAACCACUGUGAACCACACUGAACCAAACCCACAGACGGGAAGCUGUAUUCUAAAGUCCAAAUGAACUACUCCUGUUCUCUGACAGCAUGAGCUCAACCUGCCUAACGGAAAGAAACAUUUAAUGGAGCAAAGCCGGAUGUUGCCUUCCUCCCUAAUCAGGAAUUUAACGUUGACAAACAGUAAACAAAAUGGCUUAAUCUGAGCCGCUUUAUGUAGUUUCUUUUCGUUUGGACUAAACUGAGUUGCCUUCUGUUGUGUUUACACUUUAAGUGCACGAGGUGAAACUAGAUCACUAGAUCACUUUUUUUGUUAUAACCGCUCAAACUGUUUACACUUGAAGCAAGUGACAGAAGUUGAAAGCAAUUUAGUCAUUUACAUCACUUGCUUGCUAUGUAGACACAGUUUUAUAAAGGGCCAAUAUGAAACAGCUGUCACAGUUUUACUUCUGUGGCCUCACUGGCCUGUAUAAGUCAAACAGGAUAUUUAAACUGAAGAAAUGGGUUAUAAAUAUGUACAAUUUAUUUAAUGUUGACUUUAAACUUCACAGUUAGUUUGCAUAAUGCUGUAAGUCAUUACGUUCACAAAUGUUAUUUUAGAUAUAUUGCUAUUCAGAUUAAAUUGUCACACAUUUCAAUAUUCAAAAGACUUACUUUAUGCCUUAAUUUAGCCAUACUGGCAUUAAAAACAUUCAAAACACAUGCUAAAUUAAGCAUUUUGUCACGAUUUCAAUUUAAGCGUUGGAUUGUUCACAUAUAUUACGAUUUAUUGAAGAACAUUGUUUGAUCAUUUGUCUUUAUUAUAUACCUUCGUCCCUAAAGUGAGGCAUAUGGUCUCUGUGGCCUUGUAAUGACCCUCUGGCAGUCAUAUAAUAACACAUUUUCAGAUUUAUUUAAAUCUCUGGUGAUGUACAGUUCUGAAAAUAGCAGAUGCUGUGUUAUCUGUUAUUCAUUUUCAUAUUUCUCGUCCUGUGACUUUAAAUUACGAUUGACUGUUGUAUUUUUGAAAUGUUGAAAUUACUGGUGGUAAAUGUCCUGUGGUUUUUCCCUUUUAUAUCUAUGUUUGCAUUAUUGUUAACUUUUAUAAGGACUGUGAGGGGCUGAAACUUGAUGAUGUCUGUUGCCAAGAGUUACCGUACACACGCAGCACUGUGAUUGUAUGUUUUUCAGAGUAUUUUGGCUUUGCGUUUAUUGCUUUUGUGUCAAUCAACAUCUUACACUGUGUUUGAGGGAUUAUCAGAAAAAGCUCUACCAAAUUCAAGAAUUAUGAUUAAAAUUUGUUCAAAACUUUAUGACAAAUAGAAAAUAACUGAAACACAGAGUUGUCUUUUAUCCUCUACUUAGUAGUAGAACCAAAGCUUAAACUUAGAAAAGUAAAUGUCACAGUUUAGGGUAUCCAGGACACCAUUAUUAAAAAUAAGAAUUGAUAUUUAUUGCAUAAAUAAAAAUACAGAAAAAUC